AUGUGAUUUACUUCUAUUCCCGUCAAACACUAAUUGAAGCAUAAAACGCAAACAAACUCUUAGCAAACUUUGAAAAACAUAUGGCCCCAUUUUCAAUUACAUGCUAAACGUAAUAUUCAAACAUAGAGGAACUGUAUUGCGGUCGAGUAAAAUUAUUUGUGGUCACCUUAUAUUUAUCUAUACCAAUAUAUACUCGUACAUAGUGUUUACAUAUUCAAAUACACUCUUUAGUCCAUUUUUCAGUGGUUAACGCUUUACCAUACCAUAUAAAUUUUCAUAAAUAUUUAAACAAAUCCCCACAAGUGCUCAGUAUUUAAUGUUCUCUUUAAAGGGACAUAGCUAAAUAAUUGGUGUAUUUGAAUUUUUUGAGUGUGAAAGUCUAAUUGUGUUAAAUGCGCGUAUUGUAUCAUAAAGAUAAUAACAGAGAUAAGAAUAAACUUAUUUAGAAAGAGUGGGGACUUGAAAGUGCAAAAAUUGCAAAAAGUUUAAAAACACAAAAUAUUACAAUUUUUACUGAUAACGCGAAUGUUAGACCAAUUAUAAAACCGUUAUUUAAUUAACUUCAGUUUUAUUCUAAGCGAUUUGUUCUUAGUGGCUAAUUGUUAUUAUCAUUGCUGUUGAAAUGAGCUCUUGGAAAGAUAAUAAAGAGAUCGAAAUAUUUCGUGAAUAUCUGCGAAUACCAAGUGUACAUCCGGACAUAGACUAUGCACCCACUGUGGAGUUUCUGAAAAAACAGGCCAAUGACUUAGGUUUGCCAAUUGCGGUGCAUCAUCCCGGCAGUGUGGAGAAGCCAACUGUUGUAAUUACAUGGGUGGGGCAACAGCCGGAACUACCGACAAUUAUGUUGAACUCACACAUGGAUGUGGUGCCAGUUUAUUCCGACAAAUGGACACAUCCACCUUUUGCUGCUGAAAUCGACAAGGAGGGUCGAAUAUUUGCACGUGGGUCACAGGAUAUGAAAUGCGUGGGCAUGCAAUAUCUGGCAGCGAUACGAGCGCUGCGUAAAAGUGGCGCCACAUUGAAACGCACUGUACAUGUGACAUUUCUACCAGACGAGGAAAUAACUGGUCCAAUGGGUAUGAAGGCUUUUCUACAAUCUGAAGAUUUUAAAAAACUAAAUGUGGGCUUCUGCUUUGACGAAGGCAUUGCAUCAGCCGAUGAAACAUUUCCAGUAUUCUAUGCGGAAAGAAGUCUUUGGCAUGUACAUUUUUUAAUUAGUGGCACUGCUGGCCACGGUUCGUUGCUGCACAAAAACACCGUUGGCGAAAAGUUGAACUAUAUUCUGAAUAAAUUGUUUGAGUUUAGACAACACGAAGUCGAUCGUUUGGAUAGAGAUAAAUCUUUGCUACUUGGCGAUGUUACAACCAUCAAUUUAACCGUUGUGAAAGGUGGUGUACAAAGCAAUGUGGUGCCACCGGUUAUUGAAGCCGUUUUCGAUAUGCGUUUAGCGUUGAAUGUAGACCACGAUGCUUUUGAUAGACAGCUCAAGACGUGGUGUGAAGAAGCUGGCGGUGGUGUGGAAAUCGUAUAUGAACAAAAAGAACCGAAGGUAGCGGCUACAAAAAUUGAUAACUCUAAUCCGUACUGGAUGGCGUUUGAGAAAGCUAUAAAAGAUUUAAACCUUAAAAUCCAACCCCUUGUAUUUCCUGCCGGCACAGACAGCUAUUAUAUACGCGGACUGGGCUUACCCGCUUUAGGGUUUUCGCCUAUAAACCACACACCCGUGUUGUUGCAUGAUCACGAUGAAUUUCUGCAAGCGGACGUCUACUUAAAAGGCAUUGAAAUUUAUAAAUACGUUAUAUCGGCUGUUGCUAAUGUUGAAAAAUAAAAUAAAAACCUGAAAUUUCAACGUAUGUACCUGAAUUGAA